CGCGCGGCGCGCAGGCGCAGCGGCGGUUCCUCUAUAUAAGGGUCGCGCCUGCCCGGGCUCGCGCUGUCAUCGGGAGGAUGUCGCGAUACGGGCGAUACGAGACCAAGGUGUACGUGGGCAACCUGGGCACGGGCGCCGGUAAAGGCGAGCUGGAGAGAGCCUUCAGCUACUAUGGACCGCUGAGAACCGUGUGGAUCGCCAGGAACCCGCCGGGGUUCGCCUUCGUGGAGUUCGAAGACCCCCGGGAUGCCGAAGAUGCUGUGCUUGGCCUCGAUGGGAAGAUAAUAUGCGGCUCCAGGGUCAGAGUGGAAGUAUCCACAGGGAUGCCGCGCCGCUCCCGCUACGACCGACCCCCAGCCCGGCGCCCCUUCGACCCCAACGACAGAUGCUACGAGUGUGGUGAGAAAGGCCACUAUGCCUAUGACUGUCACCGCUAUAGCCGGCGAAGGAGGAGCAGGUCCCGCUCUAGAUCCCGCUCAAGGUCCCGAGGGAGAAGGUAUUCCCGGUCACGCAGCCGCAGCCGUGGUAGGAGAUCCAGGUCAGCUUCCUACCGCCGGUCCCGGUCGAUGUCUCCUCGCAGAUACAGAUCCUUCUCCCCCCGCAGGUCCCGCUCUGGUUCUCUAAGAAGGUCAAGAUCUAGGUCCAGGUCACGCUCCAGGUCCCGGUCUGUUGUAUGGCCUCGAAGCAGGUCUGAGUCUCAUGGUAGAUCUAAAUCUGGCUUACCUGCUAAAAGCCGCUCAAAGUCCAGAUCACCAUCUCCAAAGAGAAGUCACUCACCAUCAGGAAGCCCUUGAAGGAAUGGAAGCCCUAAAAGAAUGGGUUCAAAUUUAAGAAGUUUAGUAAAAAAGUUAUUUUGUUUACAUUAUAAGGGAUUUUGUGAUGUAAGGGCUUAGUCCUAGAAGGCUGUUUCUAUUGACUAGCAAUUGGCAUGAACCUCUAUCUUCUAAAAGUCUUGUUAGCAGACUAAUACAAAACUCUUCUGUUGUGUUUGUGUUCUGUGAUCUGAAAAUGUUGGGCUUUUUUUUUUAUUAUUGGUGCAUUGAAAUAAACUGCAUUUCUAACUAAGAAA